AUGAGUGAGGCGUCUCAGGAUAAGCCUGAUGGUGAAGCUUCCUGGUCAGACAGUCGGGGUUGGAACAAAGCUUCCGGCAUCAUCGUGCCGUACUUGAUCGAAAGGGUGCCUGAGUUCCAUAGCCUGACCGAUCUGCGGCAAAGAGGGUGGAACAAUCCCGAAGGCGACAAGUUUUUUCAACUUCAACGCCAGAGAGCAGAUCAGUCCAGCGAGAAAACAGCCAGGUACUUUUACCAGUUGAUGUUAAGGAUCGGUCGGGAGAUUCAAGCUGCUACUGGGGCUUUCAGCAUUGUCAACCCCGCUUCUCAACAGCCAGAGAUUCUUGACAUGUGCAUGGCACCCGGAGGCUUUCUGCAGACAGCACUGAGCUUCAACCCGGGGUCCAAGGCUCUAGGCUUCAGCCUUCCAAUAUCGCAUGGCGGGCACAAGAUUCUGCUUCCCCGUCGUGCUGAUGUUGACUUGAGAUUCCUCGAUGUCACAAUGCUCGCUGCCGAUAUGGGUUCCCCAAACAUACCCGUCGACCACAUCGACGCCGAGAAGUUCCUUCCUCGACAGAUCGAUACGAGUCGUGUAUUCGACCUCGUUCUCUGCGAUGGCCAAGUCCUCCGAACACACGAUCGUGCUCCAUAUCGAGAGAAGAGAGAGGCUCGCAGGCUAACCACCGUGCAGCUUGCGCUGGGCCUUGAACAUCUGAGAUCGGGUGGGACCAUGAUCGUACUCCUCCACAAACUCGAAGCUUGGGAUACACUGUGCCUUGUUCGGCUGUUCACAAGGUUCGCCUCGAUCAAGUUGUUCAAGCCUAUACCUGGCCACGCCAAACGUUCGUCCUUCUACAUGGUCGCCAGCUGUGUGCAAAGCCAACAGCCUGAGGCUCUUGCAGCAAUUUCGAAAUGGAAGAAUAUUUGGAACGCUGCUACUUUUGCCCCUGACGAGAAGUAUUGGGAAGAAAUCCGCAAGGGAGAGGAGCCUGUCUCGGACGUGCUCGAAGAAUUCGGGCCAGAGCUCAUCAAGCUGGGAAGAAAGGUUUGGGAUGUGCAGGCUAAGGCACUUGCCCAGGCCCCAUUUAUCAAGCAGGAGGGAAACCAGUGA